AUGAACUCACAAGCGCCCAGAGUUUCGGCCAACAAGACGCCAGCCCAAGAAUGGGGCAGAGACACGUGGGCUACCUUCGCAGACCUGGCUGAGACCCGUCCUGAAGCAGGUCUUCACUUUCAAACGACAGAGCUCUUCGAUCGCAAGAAGGAUGCCUCAUCAGUGACAGGACAGUGGUUCCAGGAGCUUCUCUCGCCUAACCUUGGGUUCAAAACCAUCUUCAAAGACUUUCGUGAAAUACCGAAGUCUCAGCUGAAAACUGGGACUGAUAGCGGUAUUGAGUUUACCUCGGUCUGUAUCAACGCCGCGAUCUAUCUUCCCUGGCUUGUCUCUCAAUGCCUUAAGGACGGCGUAGUGUUCAAGCGACAAGUCUUUGGACACAUAACGGAUGCAGCGAAAGGUGGUGUCCAUCAUUCCGGGGCGGCUGUCGACCUCAUUGUGGAUUGCACAGGGCUUUAUGCCUCUAAGCUUGCUGGCGUUGAGGACAAGACCGUCGUCCCCGCGAGAGGGCAGAUUGUGGUUGCCAGAAACGUCGCUCCAGCAAUGUUCCCAGUCUCUGGAACGGAUGACAGCUCAGAAGAAGCGUGCUACAUCAUGACUCGAGCUGCCGGAGGAGGCACGAUUCUUGGAGGCUGCUACCAAAAGGGCAGCUGGGAAUCCCAGCCUGAUCCGAGUCUUGCAAUCAGAAUCAUGAAGCGAUGUGGGGGCAAGGGAGUCGACCACCUGGACAUCAUCCGCCACGGGGUUGGCCUGAGACCUGUCAGGAAAGGCGGCACAAGGAUCGAGCUUGAAAAGAUCGAUGGGAUCCUUACCGUGCAUAAUUACGGUGCAGGCGGCGCAGGAGGCUGCGAAGUUCCCGGGACCCAGAGUCUUGCUGACUUGAACGUCUACGACGUCUAG